UUAAAAAACAACGACCUUCAAUUCAAACCAAACUAAUAAACCAUUUUCUUCAAAAUGGCUGCCAAAAAAAUCAAUUCCAUAGCCAUUUUAUUUUUCCUUUUCCUUCUUUGUGACAUAAACUUCUCCAUAGUCGAAUCAUCCAGUAAAAUUCGCGCUCGCCGGCCCUGUAAAACCCUAACUUUUUACUUCCAUGACAUAAUCUACAAUGGUGAAAAUGCCAAAAAUGCAACAUCAGCUAUAGUGGGAGCUCCAGCAUGGGGAAAUUUUACAAAAUUGACUAAUCAAAAUCAUUUUGGAGAUUUAGUUGUAUUUGAUGAUCCAAUUACAUUGGAUAAUAAUCUUCAUUCAAAUCCAGUGGGAAGAGCACAAGGUUUUUAUGUUUAUGAUAAAAAAGAAAUAUUUACUGCAUGGCUAGGGUUUUCAUUUUGUUUUAAUUCAACUGAGCAUAAAGGGAGUAUUAAUUUUGCUGGAGCUGAUCCAUUGAUGAACAAAACUAGGGAUAUUUCAGUAAUUGGUGGAACUGGUGAUUUCUUCAUGACUAGAGGAAUUGCUACUAUCAUGACUGAUGCCUUUGAGGGUGAAGUUUACUUUCGACUACGUGCUGAUAUUAAACUUUACGAGUGCUGGUAAUAGUUUUAGACGUAAUUGUUGUUGUUGUUACUGCCGAUUUUUUUUAGUGAAUGUGUGUGUGGUGGUGGGAAGGAGGAGACGUUAAUUGGUUGUUUCUUUCUUUGUGUUGGAGGAUUUAUUGUUGGUUAAAGAAUCCAACAAUAAGUGCACUUUUAAUUUUGAGUUUAAGUUUUAUAUAUUGACGACGUGAUAUAUAAAAUAAUUACAAAUAAACUUAUAAUUGUUGAUAAUAAUUUUAAACGUUAUUAUUA